CACAGUGUCUUCGCAAAUAUCUUGUUCAUCCCCAUAUGCGCUCAACUACUGCAUGGGAUCUAUCCCAAGCUGCACAUACAUGAGUGCACCAUACAGUCUUACGCUGUUAUCGCACAUGGCAUUAUAGGAAAAUCCUAUCCCAUACUUGGAUGGACCCAAAUGUUGUUGGGUGCAAUCGCCUUCAGAGGUUAUUGUCGUGGGGAAACCUUGGGCCAAUGUUUAGCUCAAUAUAUUAUGGGAAGUGGGUUCGUUGCUUACGGUGUUAUCAUGGCGAUCUUGCUUGUGGUGGGCGAGGCUUGGGUGAAACAAAGUGGUCGCAGCCCAGAAUGGUGGGAUUUGUGGAUUAUCACUUUGUGGGUGAGUCAUAACACCUUUGCCGAGCAUUAUGGAUCAACGUGGUCUGUGAUUAACAUGCAACAUACUAUUACUUACUGUGAUUAUGUUGUAGGGUGGAAUAGAGGCAUACUAGGGAUAUAUUUAGCUCUAGAUAAUCAACGUAAUGUGGUUCCCGGCUUGAUCAUUAUCUUGACUGGCUGGGCAAUGUUGCAGCACGCUCAAGCUCUGGAAAUAUCCACAAAGGUUCAUACAACUUUUGAAUACACGCUUAUGCUCGCUGGACUUACUCGCAUAGUCAAAAUCUGCUUUUGUACUCCAGGUUAUUCGCCAAGUGAUAAUGGGAAGAUGGCUGCUGCCAGAGCCUUCCGUCAUCUCCCACCUUUCGUAAGUCCAAAAAUCUUGUUCAUGUCCGCUACCAACGAGGAACUUAACUAUGUACACAACAGUGACAUGGAUCACAUCACUUAUCUUCUGACUAUGUUCAGUCUCGCGUUCACAUUGUACACUCUCAUCCUCACAUUGAUCCAUCUGUUUUCUACUACUGGACGAAAUGCCCAAUCUUUUCCAACUACUGGUAACAACAUUGAACUGGCCUCAUCACGGAGCCCAUCAAGAUGA